AUGGCUGCUAUGGAGUCAGAAAAGCGGACUACAGGCAAGGUACCUCAACAAUCCCGCCCUCGAUUUUCAUCGUCCAGUUAUGAUCCAGGAGCCCAUUCCGAGCCCAAUGCCUUGGAUUUCUCAAAUAUUGUAGAAGACAAAUUAUGGAAACCCAUCAUCUGGUGUCCUGCCAAUUUCCCACCGGAAUUAUUUGAAAUAGCGAUUGCACAGCUCGUACAUCAUCCGGAGUACAAUUCGACGCUGAUCCUCCGCUCCGAGAGCCUCGCGGAGACGACGGCUGAUUUCCCGUCCCGUGUUCCAAGCCUCAGAGGAUUUCGUGCGGUUCGUAGCGUUCACCGUAGGUUGCUCCCCCGCCGGCCGGGGCGCGAUGCGGGACUCGAGCAGCAUUGUACGUUAUACUCGACAGCCGUCGCCGAAGACCAGCCGGUCUCGGUGCUAGUCCUGACGCCCAUCCCGAACGACGGGGGAUCCCUUCCCUACUACCACCCAGCGGUAUUUCACCUUGCAUUCCGCUACAUUGUGGAUGAAACCCCCGUCCUGCGCAUAGAGGUCGUCCCCCUCCCUUCCACGCCCACUGAUGUCGACUCCAGGCUGUAUCGCACAUGCCUUGCUCUGCUGGAGACGCUGCACCGAUAUGGCUGGGGUGCGCUCACGAAUUACAAAAAGCGCGUCGUGCAUGACUUUAUUGUUCCAAGGGAGCCGUACCAGGACCUUUAUCUCGUCAUGCGCGAGCGGCACAAGCAUCUGGAUGUCGGUAUUGCUACGUUCCUGAUGCUACUUUGGAAAGACAUGUAUUCGCCUACUUCGGAUGACCCUGCACGAAUUGAUGACCUUGAAGGCGAGCCAUGGAAAAAAUGGCCCCGACCUCCCGCCGGCUUUGUCGAUAUAGGCUGUGGAAACGGGCUGCUGGCUCACAUCCUCGUCAGCGAGGGAUAUGCAGGCCAUGGAAUAGAUCUCCGCGCGCGGACAUCAUGGUCGCACUAUCCCCCAUCUACUCAAGCCCAACUCCAUGUUGAGGCGAUCGACCCGACGACACUCGUGGAUCUACCUCACACGAGCCACCCCUACUUCCGACCAGGUGUUUUCAUCAUAGGCAACCACUCCGACGAACUAACGCCCUGGGUGCCCAUUAUUUCGACCAUGUGCUCGGCGUCCGGAUACAUCUCGAUUCCUUGCUGCGCGUGGACAUUUGAUUCGCGAUACGACCGCUCGCGCACGCCGGGCUUUCCUGUCACCGAAGAGAAUUUCGUUCAGAGCCUUCAUUUGGGCGGAGACGGCAGCAACGCCAGCUCCUACUCCAUGUAUAGAAUUUGGCUCGCCUCUCUGAGCCUGUUUUGCGGCUGGAAGGUCGAGUGCGAAACCCUAAGAAUACCGAGCACUCGCAACUGGGCGCUCGUCGGGCGGGGACGGACAUCCCAUGACGCGGAUCAAAUCGCAGAGUUUGAGCGUCGUAUGAGGGAGAUCAUUGCAAACGUCCAGGCUAGAGGCUUGUUCAAGACGAGGACGCCGGAAGGAAAAAUUGGAGAUCACUGA